GUAAUAUAUAUAGCAAGUGUUUCGCCUCCAUUCUGUUCACAUCGCCUGAGAUAGCACAGUAACAAACAAGGCUGGUCAACAGUAAAGAAUCUCGAGGCCCAAAGAGACCCAUGGACCACAGCACCCAGAACACCAGAAAGAAAGAUCAUAAAGUUACAUCCGGAAACAGCAUGAAAGAAACUGGUACAAAUAAAAUAAACCUUCAGACACAAGUCUUUGGAAAUUACGGGCCAGAAAAGCCCGGCAGAUUUGUGUCUGAAGACUUUAGGAAAGUCCACACUGAUGACAUUGAGGCUUUAGCCUGGGCUUUGUUUUAUAAUCGUAAAGGAAAAGCAUCUCAGGAGCUUAAACAUCCAGUUAGGUCAAAUAACGACAGAUAUAUUAUAUAUGAUUUACAAUUAGAAUGGGUGCGUAAAAACUACAACUGGAAAAAAUUCGAAUUGUUUAAUUCUAAGAAUGAUAUUAAUCAUGUGUUAGAUCUCCACUGCUAUGAUCUUCAGUGUAGUGAAGACAUCCAGAAUGUGAUUGUACACUACGCAAGUGUUGGUGAAAAGGAUCCCAAAUACCUCAUGGUAAAUGGCUGGAUUUAUAAACUGUAUCCAAAGAAGCUUUAUAUAUUUCUAGUAGGAAAACGGCUCAGAACAGAAGAAAAUGCAGAUGAAAUCAAAAAAGUUAUUGACGGACAGUAUAAGAAGUAUGAAUAUAAACACAUUCGAGAAGGAAUCAGUAAUUGUAAAGAAAAUAAUCAAAAUUUGUAUGAUGUGUACGCUGAAUACGCUCAGUACACCAGAGACACUUUUCAGGGCAUCUACACCCGAGGAACUUUUGACCCCAUUAAGGAAGCUUGGUUUACUACAUACUUUUUAGCAACAGUAAUUUCAGAGUCAGCAAGAAAUUUUAGGUCGUUUGUCAUCACACUCAUGGCUUUGGACCUGAGUCUCAGCCAAAAUCCUGAAAAAGCAAAACAAGAGAUUUUUUUAGAGAAGCUCCCAAUGGUGAAAGGGGGAAGCUGGAUAAACACAAAUAGAAGGGGAUUUCAUGGGGCAAGCUCUGCGGUAAAUGGGAAAAAAACAAGACUUAAAAGGCUAAUAGAGGAAGAGGAGGAAAUCUUUAAGAAAUGGCUUUCAGGCAGUAGUAAAACCUCUAUCAAAAAAAAGAUUGAUAGAGAAUUGAUUAAACAUCUCCUCGAGUUGUUGUUCGGUAAAAUCAGACUCAGUAAACAUCCCUCACUUCUAGAAGAUUUUAUUACAAACUAUGUUCAUUUUAAAAAGGAAAUAAAUUCUUUAAUUUCUCCUGAAUUACUGAGAGGAUCACAUGGUGGACCAAUUUCUCUAAAGAAUAACAGUUUAAGUUGUUGUUUAUCAUCAAUUAUUCCUACCACAACUAAACCGAGAUUAAUCACUCUUUACCCCCAUGACUUACAACUCAAAUCCUUCUUUAUAUCUCUGAUGUACAAUUAUUCAUCAGACAGCAUUCAGAAUCAACAUCUGUAUCUAUAUAGUCAUGAUUUGGACAGGUGUAGGGAUGAAAGCCGCUCACCUCUGAUGCCAUCAGUCCAGACGCUUGUCUCUUCAGCUCUUCUUAAAGCCAGCUCCAAAAUCUCUAUAAAUCCAGAUGUUCUGUCCUCACUAAACAUGUGGGUUCUGUUUCACCAACACUUCAGUACAGACCCUGCAGAUUUAAGCUUAGGUCUUUGGAAGAAGAGGGGUAUACUUCUAUUUACAGACCAGGUCAUGGCUGACAUGUUAAUCUGUUUACAUUUAAAUCAGAUCUUCUCUACAUUUAUCCCACUGAAAGGCCAAGUCUAUAGAGACACUGUAAAACAGCAGUGCUUAAUUUUCCCACUUCUCCCAUCUGAAAAUCUUUUAAGCAGUUUAUUAAAGAGACCACACGAGAUCCAGGUUGGAAUUGAAGAGACCACAUAUAAUGCAACGUAUAAAAUAACACACAGUACAUCUCUAGAUUUAUCAGGAGCCUCCUCUCUGUACAUCCUCACAGAACACUGGGAGCAGCGUGAAAUCACAUUUCUAGAUACCUGCUGGGGAAAAGAGCUUCAGUUACACAAUUCCUCAUUCAUUUACUCCAGCUUUACACAAUUUCACAGAAUCCAUCUGCUGGCUGACUAUCAGUAGCUAAAUUAUUCUAAUCUGUAUGGAAUUAGAAACAAUUCCAGCCUAAAUUUUCAGUGUAUACCCCUCUUCUCUUCUUAGUAAAAGUGAAUUACAUAUUCGUCAGGAUUUUACAUCUUUGCACGACUAUUCAGUGCUUGAUGGAUAUUAACAGAUAUUUUAACUGGAUGUCUUGAACAUCAGUAUCAAUAAACAUCUUUAUGU